CCAGAGAAACUUACCGGUUGACAGACAUACAAAAUCAAAACUUAUUUAUUUGAAAUUACAUUUAUGAUAUUUUUUUAAAUAUGAGUAACUCCACUUUUAUUCUCGAUAACGGUGCUUACAUGGCGAAAGCUGGUUUAUCCAAUGAAACACCUAAAUUAAUUCCAAAUUGUAUAAUGAAAGCAAAGAGCGAACGUCGUAGACCUUUCAUUGGAAAUCAAAUCGAAGAAUGUAGAGAUGCUUCUGGAUUGUUUUACAUGUUACCUUUCCAGAAAGGUUAUCUGGUGAAUUGGGAUAUUCAAAAAACUUUAUGGGAUUAUAUAUUUUCGAAAGAAUCUUGUUCGGUGAAUUUAAAUCAGUUGUCUGUGAUAGUGACAGAACCUAUGUUUAAUUUUCCAAGCAUACAAGAAGCUAUGACAGAAAUAUUUUUUGAGGAAUACGAAUGUCACAGUCUCCUGAGGAUAAACGCAGCGAGUCUUUCAUGUUAUAAUUACAGAUCCGAAAAUCCUAGUACAAAAUGUUGCAUAGUAAUAGAUAGCGGUUACAGUUUUACGCAUAUUAUACCCUACAUCAAUGAUUCAAAAGUAAAAGAAGGGAUUCGAAGAAUAGAUGUAGGUGGUAAACUUUUAACAAAUCACCUGAAAGAGAUAUUGUCUUAUCGUCAGCUGCACGUUAUGGAUGAAACAUAUGUAAUUAAUCAAGUGAAAGAAGAUUGUUGUUUUGUGUCUCAAGAUUUCUUUAAAGAUAUGGAACGGGCCAAAUGUAAGUUGGAAAAAAAUACUAUUGCUAAGGAUUAUGUUUUGCCAGAUUAUACGACUCUACGUCGUGGAUAUCUUAAGGAUCCAGGACCAUCUAAUGAGCAACAAACAUUACGUUUGACUAAUGAGAGAUUUGCUAUACCUGAAAUAUUAUUCCAUCCAUCUGAUAUUGGUAUCCGACAAAUGGGUAUUUCCGAAGCUGUUAUAGAUUCCAUAAAAGCUUGCGACGAAGAAACAUGGCCUCAUUUUCUAUCUAAUAUUAUUCUAACUGGUGGUAAUGCAAAAUUUCCAGGAUUUAAGGACAGAAUUUACAAAGAAAUUAGAAGUUUAGCUCCAACAGAAUAUGCUGUAAACGUCUAUUUACCACAAAAUCCAAUCACUAAUGCAUGGUUUGGUGGGAAACAACUUUCACAAGACACAAUGUUUUCAAAUCUUUUGAUAACAAGAGAAGAGUAUGAAGAAGAAGGGCCAUCUAUAUGCUUUGAAAAGUUUGACAUAUAAUUUUAUCUUUAUGUUGUUUAUAUAUUAUCCUUUAAUAUAUAUAAAAAGGUUGUAACAAAAUUACACUUAUACAUAUUGAUUUAUAUCUUGAAACAUAAAUUAAUAAAUUAAUAAAAACCAGUUAUAUAUAG